AAUGUACUAAUCAAGAUUUAGUGAGGAGGAACUACUAUAUGGGCAGAAGAUGGGGUCAGAUGAGGCCUACAACUUCGUCUUUAAGGUGGUUUUGAUCGGAGAAUCCGGUGUAGGCAAGAGCAAUCUGCUUUCACGCUUCACCAAAAACGAGUUUAACCAUGACAGUCGGACAACCAUCGGAGUGGAGUUCAGCACACGGACUGUGCAGCUACGAGGACUCACCAUCAAGGCUCAGAUCUGGGAUACAGCCGGCCUGGAGCGGUAUCGGGCCAUCACGUCAGCUUACUACAGGGGAGCGGUUGGGGCUCUGCUGGUCUACGACAUUUCAAAACACCUUACCUAUGAAAGUGCAGAACGCUGGCUGAAGGAACUGUAUGAUCAUGCAGAUCCCCAUAUUGUUGUUAUGCUAGUGGGCAACAAAACAGACCUGGCAUCAGUGAGAGCCGUGCCUACUGAGGACGCAAAAGACUUUGCAGAAAAGAAUGGCUUACUGUUCAUGGAAACAUCAGCUUUGGAAUCCACAAACGUGGAGGCUGCGUUCAACAAUGUGCUUGAAGAAAUCCACAAGAAAGUAAGCAGCAAAGAGGUGACCAGAGGAUCCAUCAAUGCUGUGUCACUGUCCAACCCUAAAUCUCAGUCAGAGGAGAGCCAGGAGGAAAAGAAGCCCUGCUGUAAGAACUUGUGAAAGUACACUCUGGAGUCAGGGUGAAUGGGACAAGGUUUGGAGAGUGCAGAG